AAUUCAUCCAUAUGCAGUUUCCUAAAAUCUCAGGUCCUAUCAGACGACAGAGUACCCACUCAGCUCCAUUGGAGACUCGCAGAUCCACUAGGCUUACUGUCUUUUCAUCAAAGCUGAGCAAGCAACAAGUGAAGAUGCCGACCCAUGCUGCAGAAGCGGCUGUCGUCGAGGACACUGCUGCAGUGGUGGUGAAUCACGAUCCUGAUAUGCAUCUUAAAAUUUUCUCAGACCAACACAAAACUUGGGCGGAGAUGCACAACCUGGAUUUGAAGGCCGACGAGGGCCAGCUCCUUGCGGCCAUCCUCCAGUGGCCUGAGCGGUAUAAACUCUACUGUGGGAGUGAGGGCUCCUUUCAUCACUCCUUUGCAGUAUGUGGAAUUCUGGUGGCGAAUGGCAUGUAUGCCCCAGACUUUAACAACCCCAAGCUGCAGGCUAUCAACCACUUCACUGAGGACAUGAAGUCUGCCCUGCUGUCUGGGGGGCUGAAGCAGUUUGAGCUUGCACUCCUUCUUGCGGGUCUGAAUGCACUCUGCCAGGGAGACGUGGGAGCACAGGGUCAGCAGGUCCGGAAGCGUGCAAAGUCUGCUGCAAGCAAUGACUGCAGCAAGAGGACAAAACGUACCGCACAGGAGAUGGCGGGCUUGCUUGAGAAGGAGUUUCACUCAUAUCAUGUCUUCAUCCAAUUUUAUGUUGACGAUACGGUACUCCUCCCAAUUUGA